AUGGCAUGGCUCCAAUUUUGUAUCCUUUUCCUGGUGGCUCCAAUUGGGUACAGUCAGAAUCCAGGUCCUCGUGGUCCCAAAGGAGACAGCGGACUUCCUGGACCAGCUGGUCCACCUGGAGUAGCAGGACCAGAGAUACUGGAGUUAAUGGACCACAUGGAUAUCCUGGACCACCUGGAUCAGCUGGACCUCGUGGACCACCUGGAUUUCCUGGAAAAUCUGGAAAAGAUUCUGACUGCAGAACAGCUCUUUGGUUACAUAGACCAGGACCUUCAAACCAUUAGAGCCCUAAAGGAAACAAUAACCAAGUUAGAGCUGGUUAUAAACUACGAUUUUGCCCGAGGAGUUGAUGGAAAAUAUUUUGUGUCCAACAAGGAAAGAGGCUCUUUCUUCCAAGCUGUUGAGUUCUGCUCCCGGAGAGGAUUAGAGCUGGCUUUGCCCCAGAGUGAUAAAGAGAAUAGCUUACUCACUGAAGUGUUUGAAAACAGUCCUAAAACAGUCUGGAUUAAUGUCAGCAAUAGAAGAGCAGAGGGAAACUUUGGAGCUGAUAUGAAAAACCGACCUCUGACCUUUACCAGCUGGGCAGAAGGGCAGCCAGACAAAUCCAUCCAGGAUCCAGGCUGCACCACGCUGUCAGAAGAUGGUGUUUGGAGAGUGACAAGUGAAUGCUCUAUGAAUGCUUACAUUGUUUGUCAGUUAUAGAAAUACCUUUGAUGACAUGAAGUAAAGUAUAACUCUUUGGAUUCU